AUGUGGCCGUGCGACGAGCAAGAACAGGAUCGCCUUGACUUGCUACACAAAGUCAUCACUGAAGCCAGGAUAGGCGAUGGGUUGCUAUAUGCUCCUCAUCCUUCCAAUGCACGAGUGCUCGAUCUUGGCUGCGGCACUGGAAUACGAAUUGGGUGCAGCCUUCACUGGGACUCGACGAGGGACCGCUACAGUUACAGCACAUAAUAAUAGUCAACAUCGGAGAACCGACUCG